CUCUGCCUGGUCCAGCGCUGGGGGUGGGGUUUGCCACGCCCUGGAAGCUGAUGUCACAAAGGCUGGACCCCAGCUCUGGAGGAGACCCCAGGACAGCCCGCAGCGGCACUGUCCCUCCCCUUCCCCAGCCCCUCUGCGCCCAGGGACAAUGAUGAGCUAAGUCCACUGAGGGGCACAGUCUCGCCUGGACCCCGAAGCUUCCCGCCAGGUCCCACCGCCGCCACAGGGAGCCGCCUGGCCAGCUGCGCCCUCGUGUCCUGUCCCCGCAGCCACCUCCCGGGCACCUCGCCAUGGUGAACUACUACGAGGUGCUGGGCGUGCAGGCCAGAGCCUCCGCUGAUGACAUCAAGAAGGCCUACCGAAAGCUGGCCCUCCGCUGGCACCCCGACAAGAACCCCCACAACAAAGAGGAGGCCGAGAAGAAGUUCAAGCAGGUGUCCGAGGCCUAUGAGGUCCUGUCCAACCCCAAGAAGCGCUCGGUGUAUGACUGCGUGGGCUGUGACAGCUGCCGGGCGGGUGGCGGGGCCAGUUCCCCACACCACAGUCCCUUCGGCAGCGGCUACACCUUCCAAAACCCUGAGAACAUCUUCCGGGAGUUCUUCGGCGGCCUCCACCCCUUCUCCUUUGACUUCUGGGACAGCCCCUUCAGGGGCAGCCAGCGAGGCAGCGGUGGGCGCGGGCCUGGGCUGCGCAGCGCCUCCUCAGGCUUGGGCGAAUUCCCGGCCUUCAUGGACGCCCUGGGCCGCAGCGGGAUCCGCACUGCCUUCUCGUCCUCCACCUUCCGGGGGCCGGGAGCGGGCAGCUCAGGCUUCAAGUUGGUGAUGUCGUCCACAGAGAUGGUCAAUGGGCACAAGGUGACCACAAAGCGCAUUGUGGAGAACGGGCAGGAGCGCAUGGAGGUAAAGCAGGAUGGGCAGCUCCGCUCAGUGACCAUCAACGGCAAGGAGCAGGUCAAGCGGGUGUACAACACAUGAGCGCGGUGUCUGCGGGUCCGGCUGCAUCUCUGUCCCUCUGGGGCCAAGCUCGGGCUGCAAUCUGAGUUCGUAGCUGAUUAAUAAAGUCUUGGCAGUGAGUUCA